CUGUGUUCAAUCACAGCUGAUCACAUGUAAACAGAAAAAUGGGACAUGUACACUGAUCAUCAGGGCACUGAUGAUUAUUGUGCCCUGAUGAUAAGUGUAGCCCCAGCAGUGCCACCUGUCAGUGUCCAUCAGUGCCUUAUGUCAGUGCCUCGUGCCAGUGCCCAUCAGUGCCACAUCAGUGCCCAUCUGAGCUGCCUUUCAGUGUCACCCAUCAGUGCCAGUCAGUGCCACCUAUCAUUGCCAGUCAGCGCCACCUAUCAGUGCUGCCAAUCCGUGCCGCCUAUCAGUGCCAGUUCGUGCUGCCUAUCAGUGCGCAUCAGUGCCGCCUAUCAGUGCCUGUCGGUG